GCCUAUCCCAGCUGUCUUUGGGCAAAAGCGGGGUACACCCUGGACUGGUCGCCAGCCAAUCGCAGGGCACACAAACAACCAUUCACACUCACAUCCAUACCUGUGGCCAAUUAACCUAACAUGUAUGUCUUUGGAAUGUGGGAGGAAACCCACAGACGCAUGGGGAGAACAUGCAAACUUCACACAGAUAUCACACAGAAACACACUAUGUGCAAAUAUAUUUCCACUUUCCUAAAACAAACGUAUGUCAUUUUCCAAAGUUAAACUAUAUAAAAUAGAGUCUUAUAGUGGGAGAGCAGCCGGUUUGCUUUGCUCCACUCAACUGAUAAGGUUGCAUAUGGAGCAGCUGCUAUUUUUAGGGAACCUUGUUGGAUUCAUGACCUCUGUUAGAUGGAAUCCAUUCCUCUUGUUAAAAUGUUGAUAUUUUAAAUGGAGGAGAGAACACUGUAAAGUAGGGGUGUCUAAAAGAAAGUUGGCAACACAAAACGGUUAAACAGAGCAACAGAUUUUUCCAGCUAAUUUCCUGAUAGCCGGACUUUAGUUUUGUUAAGUAAAGUUGCAGCAUUUUUGCAGCAUGUGUUUGUUUUUGGCUCUGUAACAUUUAUUCAUUCAUUUUGUAUAGCACUUGACCUCAUCGGGGUUGCAGGGUUAUGCUAGAGCCUAUUACAGCUGACUUUGAGUGAGAGGCGGGGUACACACAAGACUGGUUGCCAGCCAAUCGCAGGGCCUUGCAGUAGUUAUGUCAUUACAGUUUGUAAUUUACAGCACUUUCUUCUUGCAUGUGUUUUAAAGUGUUGGUCGGUUUUGGUUUUGGAUAAUUUCUAUGUUUGGAUGUUGCUGCACGUUUGUUCCCGUCGGCCACCUUACGUGGCACAUUGUAGAAAUUACCUAAAAUAUACAAAAAAGUGUCUUUUAAGAAAAGUACAAAAUGUAAUUUAUGAAAAUUGACCCUGCAACCUUUGUUUUUUCAGUAUGUGGCCCCCAAAGUGGAAAAUGUUGGGAUAUUUCUGCUCUAAACCAUUGAACAAUCCAGGCCAGGCAAAGUAUACGUAGGUCUAAAUGUGUCUUGUCUGUAGACUUUACAUUAAACAUUACAAUAAAUAUGUUUUAUUUCCGAAAUUGUUGUUUCGGCAAAAUUAUUAGUUUACUUGGCGUGAUAUCGUAAACGCGUAUCGACCAUCACUUGCUGUCACGUUUCUGCACAGGCCCCGCCCCUCAGCGAACACAUGUGCCGUGUGCUGGGCGGGGUCGAGGACAGAGACACAUGGAGGGCUCCGCCUCUCUCCUCCAGACAAGACGCCAGUGUGGAAGAAAGGGAAAGGAAAGAAAGACGACAGUAAAGCCUUAAUAAUUAGGAUUUUUUUGAAGCAGAAUAGAUAUGUGGCCAUUGCGUGGCUCUGUGCGUGCGGACCCGGAUGUUGGACUUGUGGACGUGAUGUGCUCCUGGAGGCAGUAAAGCGCGUCAAGGCAGUGUUGUGUUUACAUUGGGAGCCACGUUUUGUGUAGCGCGGGACACACAACACAUGCAAGGGAAUCUAAUGAUACAACUUACCUUUUUAGCCGACUACUGCAUGACACACAAAGGCCUGCACACUUACCACAUUUGCGCCUAUCGGGGAGUGGCAGCAACAUUCUUUUAAACAACUUUUUUUUUUAAGCUGUCCAACAUGGAACCCCCCCAGGGCGAGAAGGACAAACGCUUCGCCCUCACCUACAUUGGCUGGUCGACCCUGGACCGCCGCACCACGUUGCCCAUGUUGCCGUGGCUGGUGGCCGAGAUCCGGCGAAGGAGCGAGAGGGGCGACUGUGGCCCCGCCAUGCAACCCCGUGAGGUGCAGCUCGUCCUGCACAGCCACUUACUCCGCUGCGUGCCCUGCUCAUCCUCCUCCUCUUCCUCUUCUUCCAACAACUACUCGGUGUUCAUCUUCGAGCACAAGGCGCAGCACAUCUCACGUUUCCUGCACAACAGCAAUGACCUCACCUACUUUGCCUACCUGCUGCGGGCCCACCCUGACAACCCCGAGGGCGAGAUGUCCUGUCACGUGUUCAAGGCCGGAGACCCCAACCAGGUGCCUGAGGUGAUCAGCAGCAUUCGCCAGGUGUCCAAAUCAGCCCUAAAGGAAGACAACAAACCAAAACAGGAAGCCGAUGAGGCCUUCUACAACUCCCAGAAGUUUGAAGUACUCUAUUGUGGCAAGGUGAUGGUGGGGCACAAAAAGGCUCCGUCCACACUCAUUGAUGACUGCAUCGAUAAGUUUCGCCAGCAUGAGGUGAAGCGUAAGCGCCUUCUCAACGGCCAGAGAGGCUCUGUAGAAAAGGUCCCUGUGGACUUCACCAUUGGCGGGGAAGGCGAUCCGCUGUCCUCGACCUUGAAUGAGAAGACUGAACAGCCAGAGGAUCCGAGAGGGGACGACUUCUUUGGCCUAUCCAGCAGCGCCAGUCAGAGCAGCCUGAGAGGAAUGUUUCCUGAGUGCAUCCUGGAAGAUUCAGGCUUUCAGGAGCCACAGGAGUUUCGCACACGCUGCAGCAGCAUGGCAGGAAGUCUGCAGAAGCCCAGCGAAGGUCCUGGCACGAUUGAAACUGCACGCCGCAGACACGCUAGUGCUCCAAACCACGUUCAGCCGUCCGAUUCGGACAAAAACAGAACUAUGCUCUUCCAGGUCGGCCGUUUUGAAGUUAACCUCAUCAGCCCGGAUAGCAAAACUGUAGUGUUGGAAAAGAACUUCAAAGAUAUUUCAUCUUGCUGUCAGGGUAUCAAGCAAACGGAUCAUUUUGGGUUCAUCUGUCGUGACCCGUCAGAAUCUGGUCCCAGCCAGUAUGUGUGCUUCGUCUUCCAGUGUGCCAGCGAGUCCUUGGUGGAUGAGGUGAUGCUAACCCUGAAGCAGGCCUUCAGCACAGCAGCUGCCUUGCAAAGCAGCAAGACUCAGAUCCAGCUAUGCGAGGCCUGCCCCAUGCAUGACUUGCACAAGCUCUGCGAGCGUAUUGAAGGCCUCUACCCGCCUCGGGCAAAGCUUGCCAUUCAGAAGUAUCUCUCCCAGUUGGCUGACAAUGAGCAAGUGGACAUAUUUGAACGAGUUCAGAAACAGAAGCCCAGUUCAGACCAAGAGGAGAAUGAGCUGGUUAUUCUGCAUCUUAGACAGCUUUGUGAAAGCAAGCAGAAAACACACCUCCAUAUUGGAGAGGCCCCCCAGAAUGUGGCAAACAACACAUCGACAGGGGAUGGCACAUCCACGGGCAGCCGCUUCAAGCUAGACAUCCUUAAAAACAAAGCUCGCUCGUCCCUCACCAGCUCUCUGGAGAACAUCCUGGCCAGGGGGGCCAGCCGGAUGCGAGGCCGUCUGGGUAGCAUGGGAAGCAUGAGCAGCUUUGAAAGACAGGAUGAGGAAUCCACGGAUAUCUCACCGCCGGUGUCCCCGCCUCCUUUCUCAGACGACGACCCGGAAGCCGGCCUGCAGUUCCGUCGGCGCGCUCAUACUUUCAGCCAUCCGCCUGUGAAGAAGCGCAUCUCCUUCGAAGGCCCGUCCAGCGGCCAGGUCAAGCAGGCGCCUCUGCGGAGGCAGCAGUCGACCACCGCGGAAGCACUGCAAAGCAGUCCCGUGGCCGUGUCGAGAACGCGCAGUUUGUCGGAGAGCCAGUCCUUCAGCCUCCCCUCCUCCUUCUCCACUCCCACUUUCCUGAAAAGCUUUUACCAGGGCUCGCUGGGCUCCCUCAGCUCUCUGACAGACAGCGGGAGCCUCAAGAGCAUCAAUGGCGAAGGUAGGAAGAGGACGCUGUCAGGCUGCAGCAGUGACUCUGUGAGCGGAGCCCCACCUCCGAGCCCCCGCAGGGUCUCCUGGAGGCAGAAGAUCUUCCUGAGGGUCGCUUCACCCAUAAACAAGCCCUCCAUGCACAACUCAGACCAAUCAGAUGCCAGGGAGCUGUUGCCACUCUCCCCUCGUGCCCCGGACUCCAAUGAGGACCCCCUGGGGCGUCGCCUGGCGGGGGAGCGUCCAAAGAGGACGGCGGCGGACUACAGGGCAUUAUGGAAGACCGCCAUCCGCCAGCAGAUCCUGCUGCUACGCAUGGAGAAGGAGAACCAGAGACUGGAGGCGAGCAGGGAUGAGCUGCACAUCCGCAAGAUGAAGCUGAGCUACCAGGAGGUGGGCCCCGACCCCAAAGAGGCGCAGGUGCUGUGGGAGAAAAAACUGACGGCACCGGGAAGAACCACGGUCCUGCAGGACAAGGAACAGUUGUACCGUGCAGUCUGCCAAGGUGUCCCCAAAAGUCGUCGUGGGGAGGUGUGGUUGCUGCUCUGUCAUCAGCAUCGCCUGCGUCACAGACUUCCUCAGCGCCAGCACGCCCCCGACGUCCCUUACAGGGAUCUCCUGAAGCAACUCACCGCCCAGCAGCAUGCUAUUCUGGUGGAUUUAGGCCGGACCUUCCCCACCCAUGAGUACUUCUCAGCCCAGCUCGGUGCUGGACAACUUUCCCUUUAUAACCUCCUGAAAGCCUACUCUCUGCUGGACACUGAGGUGGGCUACUGUCAGGGUGUCAGCUUUGUUGCGGGUGUGUUGCUGCUUCACAUGAGCGAGGAGCAAGCUUUCGACGUGCUCAAGUUCCUCAUGUACGACCUUGGCAUUAGACGCCAAUACAAGCCUGACAUGGUUUCUCUGCAGAUCCAGAUGUACCAGCUCUCCAGACUGCUCCACGACUACCACCGUGACUUGUACAACCACCUGGAGGAGUACGAAAUCUGCCCCAGCCUGUAUGCGGCGCCCUGGUUCCUCACGCUUUUUGCCUCUCAGUUCCCCCUUGGGUUUGUGUCCCGCAUCUUUGACUUUUUGUUCAUCCAGGGCUCUGAGGUGAUCUUCAAAGUGGCCCUCUGUCUCCUGAGAAGCCACCAGAGCGAGAUAGUGGAGUGCGACAGCUUUGAGAGCAUCGUGGACUACCUGAAGACGACGAUUCCCACACUUACACACACUCAGAUGGAGCAGACCAUCGCCAAGGUGAUGGAGAUGGACAUCUCCAAGCAGCUCCAUACGUACGAGGUGGAAUAUCACGUACUGCAGGAUGAGAUGCUGGAAAGCGGAGCGCCGCUGCCUGAUGACUCGGAACGCUUGGAGAAGUUGGAGAAAACAAAUGUGCAGCUGAAGAAGCAGAAUAUGGAACUGCUGGAAAAACUUCAGGCAGCCCGGCAGAAGAUCCAAACCCUGGAGACCAACGUGGAGAACUUCCUGUCACGUGAGAGCAAAAUGAAGCACGUGAUCCGCUCUCUGGAGCAGGAGAGAGCGUCCCACCAGAAGACCAUAGAACGCAUGCGCUCCUGCCUCCCCCCCGAUGCCCUCACAGAUGUGGAGAUGACCCACAUCAAAACGGGACCCAACGGGAAAGCCAAAGCGGGUUCCAAGAAAGGGGCUGGUGACUGACGUGGGACGGACUGGACCUGAGACAUGUAAUGCCGUCAUGUUUGGAGGUAACAGGGCGUGUAGGUGGAGUCCAUUUUUGGUACUCACUACACUAAUAGGGCUGAUUAUUGGAAUUUUGCCCAUCAUCCACAAUCCUUAUGUGAGACCUUAUUGGAGCGGUCUUUUGGGCGUGUCUCUUUUUAUCUGUUUUAUAUAUUUAGAACACACAGAAAUGAGAAAUAUGUGUGUUUAUGAUAAUGGAUGAUGGGUAAAAAAAAACAAAAAAAAGUGCAGUUUUCCUUUAAGGGUGCAAUGGAACCUCAAAGGUCCCUCCAGGGGAACAUUCCUCCUAGGAAAUCGUGGAAAUAGAAAUAAUUCGCUCCAAGAGCAAAGAAGCAAAGAACAAAAUUAGAGUAACAUUCUUACAUCAUUUAUUUUAACCGUAAUGCUGCAUUCAACUGCCAUGGCCUUUUACACAGAACCUGGCAAAGGCAGGAUAUUGCCUCAACUGUGAUUAUGAAAUACCCCUUACACACAGCCGUUUUCCUGCCUUUGUCACCGCUCUCAUAUUCCGUCCAAUUUGGAAAACUGCCGGGUUGAUUUUGUACACACACAGAACAGUGACAUGGACAAAAAUGGUAAAAGUACCGGAUAUUGCUGCUGAAGAUGCAAUGCAUUUUUACAAUCUUAAGUGUCAUGAAAGUGUACAAAAAAGUCAGAAUUGGAUUCAACAAAACAAAGCGAGAGAAGUGUGUCGGGUGUUAAAUUUCACCCCCUGUCCGUGGUAUUGCGAAAUACCCUGACACACAGCCAUGAUGGCGCUCUCAUACUACCUCCCAGGCUGGAAAAUGGGCUCUUUUUUUUCCUGUGUCAGUGCCUUUUAUACAGAAUGGCAACAUGGGGAAAAAUGGUGGAAUAGAGGCUAUCAUCAAUGAAUUUGUAAUGCAUUCAUGCAUGCAUUCUUAAAGUGUAACAAGAAGUUAACCACGAAACAAAUGCAGGGGUGUUUCCGCGAUUCUGUCCCCCCCCCCCCGAUUGCUUUCAAGACAACAGGGCGGGAUAAGCGUCGGGUGCUAAUCCCUGGAUGUUUGCUGAACUGAUGUUUUUUAACAUUCUUAACUGUCAUCCGAGUCUAAAAAGAAGUCGGAAGUGGAAUCAUUGGAGCGAAAAAAAUGCCACAAAUAAAAAAAAAACAUUUCUUGACACUCGCUAAAAUGAGAUCAGGAAAGUUUUAGUGGUUGCAUCCAUGUCCAACCUCAGUGGUGUUCGAAUUUAGGAGUUCCACUGUACUUCCGUACCUGUUCCAGAAAUGCAGUGACAAGGCACAGUGCCCCCUACUGGUACAACAAUGUACCACAAUAUGCCAUUUAGCCAUAAAAAAGUGGAUUUACUUGAAGUAACUUCUUAUAAACUCUUAAUGGAUGGAAGUAUGUUUUUGUUGUUGCUGAACGUCUUUGUCGUCCUCCGAGUGAUAUCAGUCAACGUUAUCAGACAGUCAGCGUGUCUCCUCUGGAGGAGGAAGUGUCUCUUUUGCAAAAGCUCAGACAGGAUGUGAGGUCGUCUGCGUCGUAGGCUUCCUGUGUGACUGACCGCAGUGUCGCAUCGAGACAGACGCCACCCCACCACCACCCCCACGCUUAUGCUUGCAUUUCAACAGGUUUUUUGUUUGUUUGUAUUGAAAAAAAAAUGACAUGAUAAUGGCGUGAGAAAAGGUGGGUGUGGGAAUUUACAUAAAAGAAACACUCAUAACAUUGACUAAAAAAUAUAUAUAUUUUCCCCCCUUGUUGGUAUUACAACUUAAUUUCUACUCAUUACAUGAAUUAAAUGACAACUCAACAGCCAAAGAUAUUGAUACUAUGAGAAUUAUGUAAUAUUAUAAUACAAAUUUGGUGUGAGAAUUCUGACAAACACUCCUUAAAGUUAUUCUGCUAACGUUACAAUAAUAAUAAUUAAUAAUUAGCAGUUGUGUUGAAGAGAAAUUCGCAAUUGACUCCUUUAUUCUUAGAAUACAAAGCAAAAGAAAAAUAUUGUUACUAUAGGAAUAGUAUUAUCAUGUUAUGACAAAAUAUUGCAGUUUCAGUUGGUGGGAAAUUUGGUUUCCCAGAAUAUUAGCAUAUAUAUUUUAUUAUAAUUCGCAUGAGGUUAAAACAUGCUUUGUUAAUUUUCAUCAUUCUUUUUUUAAAUGACCUUUUUUGUAAUAUUGAGACUAUUUUUUAUAAUAUACUUGCAAAAUGUAUUUUUUGUGUCAGAUUUUAAGUACCUCUUACUUUGGACACUGGGUGGUGCUGUUCUGAAAAAAAAAACAACAAUCAUUAGAAGAAGGAAAUGUGAUGAAUGGGAUAAAAGUUGGGACACCCCUGUACUCCAUUUAAACUCAAUACACAUUGGCAUGAAACAGGAGUUCAGAACAGUAGCAUCAUCAGUUUCAGACAUCAGAUGUCAGAAAUGAAAACGUUCAGGUUUCAGUUUCACAGAAAAUGUUUUGC